AUGCAAUUUGCAUUCAAGAAACGUGGUCGUGAUAGUCUUCUGAUAGAUAGGGAGGAAAUAAUUGUCUGGAGGAGAGAUUAUCUCAGAAAAAUUCGAAAAUAUAGGGAGCAGGGUCGAACAAUUUAUUACCUCGACGAGACUUGGAUAAACGCAGGACAUACAAAAAAUAUCAUAUGGGUUGAUGAGUCCAUUAAGUCCUGUAGACAAGCUCGUCGGGAAGGUCUGUCCACUGGACUCAAAAAUCCAAGUGGCAAGGGAAGAAGACUGAUCAUUUGUCAUAUAGGAGGGCAAAAUGGUUUUGUAGAGAACGGCUUGUGGUUCUUCGAAUCCAAUAAGUCUGGAGAUUAUCACGAAGAAAUGAAUGGGGAAUCGUUCGAAAAGUGGUUCUCUACAAUUUUGCCUACCCUUGAGGAUAACGCUGUUAUUGUAAUGGAUAACGCCAGCUAUCAUUCAAGAAAAAUUGAUUCCGUACCGUCUUCUUCAACCCGAAAAGAAGAUAUAAAAAACUGGCUAAACAGCAGAAAUAUUUCAUUCGACCAUAAUCUUCUAAAAGCUGAACUACUUGUUUUGGUGAAAGAAAAUAAAGAAAAAUACAACAAAUGUAGAAUUGAUGAAAUGGCAAGAGAAACAGGUAGAACUGUGCUGAGACUCCCACCAUAUCAUUGUGAGCUAAAUCCAAUCGAGCUCAUUUGGGCUCAAAUUAAAGGGAAAGUAGCUGCACAGAACUCCUCUUUUAAAAUUUCUGAGGUUCGUAAGCUGUUUCUGGAAGCGAUACGAACUAUUGGUCCUGACGAAUGGCAGAAAUGCAUUAAACAUGUCAUAGAGGAGAUUGAGGAAAAAAUGUGGCAACUUAAUAAUAUUAUGGAGUCAACCAUAGAGAGGGUAGUGAUCAAUCUCAGUGAAACUGACACCGAAGACGGGGGCGAAACGAAUUCCGAAUGA